AGGUCGGGAGGCCCCGCCCCCCGCCCACGAGGAAGUGGCUGCUGCUCCGGCGCGGAGCCCAGAGCCGGUUCGGCGCGUCGACUGCCCAGAGUCCGCGGCCGGGGCGCCGGAGGAGCCAAGCCACCAUGGCCUACCACAGCUUCCUGGUGGAGCCCAUCAGCUGCCACGCCUGGAACAAGGACCGCACCCAGAUCGCCAUCUGCCCCAACAACCAUGAGGUGCACAUCUACGAAAAGAGCGGUGCCAAAUGGACCAAGGUGCACGAGCUCAAGGAGCACAACGGGCAGGUGACAGGCAUCGACUGGGCCCCCGAGAGUAACCGUAUUGUGACCUGCGGGACAGACCGCAAUGCCUACGUGUGGACGCUGAAGGGCCGCACGUGGAAGCCCACGCUGGUCAUCCUGCGGAUCAACCGGGCCGCCCGCUGCGUGCGCUGGGCCCCCAACGAGAACAAGUUUGCUGUGGGCAGCGGUUCACGUGUAAUCUCCAUCUGUUAUUUCGAGCAGGAGAAUGACUGGUGGGUUUGCAAGCACAUCAAGAAGCCCAUCCGCUCCACCGUCCUCAGCCUGGACUGGCACCCCAACAAUGUGCUGCUGGCUGCCGGCUCCUGUGACUUCAAGUGCCGGAUCUUUUCAGCCUACAUCAAGGAGGUGGAGGAGCGGCCAGCACCCACUCCGUGGGGCUCCAAGAUGCCCUUUGGGGAGCUGAUGUUUGAAUCCAGCAGUAGCUGCGGCUGGGUACAUGGCGUCUGCUUCUCAGCCAGUGGGAGCCGUGUGGCCUGGGUGAGCCACGACAGCACCGUGUGCCUGGCUGAUGCCGACAAGAAGAUGGCCGUCGCGACUCUGGCCUCUGAAACGCUACCACUGCUGGCGCUGACCUUCAUCACAGACAACAGCCUGGUGGCAGCGGGCCACGAUUGCUUCCCGGUGCUGUUCACAUAUGACGCCGCCGCCGGGAUGCUGAGCUUCGGCGGGCGGCUGGACGUUCCCAAGCAGAGCUCGCAGCGUGGCUUGACGGCCCGCGAGCGCUUCCAGAACCUGGACAAGAAGGCAAGCUCCGAGGGUGGCACGGCUGCGGGCGCGGGCUUGGACUCGCUGCACAAGAACAGUGUCAGCCAAAUCUCGGUGCUCAGCGGGGGCAAGGCCAAGUGCUCGCAGUUCUGCACCACUGGCAUGGAUGGCGGCAUGAGUAUCUGGGAUGUGAAGAGCUUGGAGUCGGCCUUGAAGGACCUCAAGAUCAAAUGACCUGUGAGGAAUAUGUUGCCUUCAUCCUAGCUGCUGGGGAGGUGGGGAGAGGGGUCAGGGAGGCUAAUGGUUGCUUUGCUGAAUGUUUCUGGGGUACCAAUAUGAGUCCCCAUAGGGGCUGCUCCCUCAAAAAGGGAGGGGACAGAUGGGGAACUUUUCUUACCUAUUCAAGGAAUACGUGCCUUUUUCUUAAAGAAAUGCUUUCAUUUAUUGGAAAAAAAAAAAAAAAAGCCCCCAAAGCACUAUGCUGGUCAUGAACUGCUUCAAAAUGUGGAGGUAAUAAAAUGCAACUGUGUAAAAAAAAAAAAAA